AUGGCUAUUAUCUUCUGCUUAGAUUCUCCAAGUAUUAUGGAUAUUUCGAUCACCUCAGAAGAAGAAGAGAGAAAACCAAACGUUAAUAACGUGCCAGACUAUAUCAGCGAUAUCCAUACGUACCUUAGGGAAAUGGAGGUGAAAUGCAAGCCUAAAAUGGGUUACAUGAAGAAGCAACCUGAUAUCACAAACAACAUGCGGGCUAUUCUCGUGGACUGGCUGGUGGAAGUUGGAGAAGAAUACAAAUUACAGAACGAAACCCUGCACUUAGCUGUAAAUUACAUUGACAGGUUUCUUUCUUCGAUGUCUGUUUUGAGAGGAAAACUUCAGCUUGUGGGCACUGCAGCUAUGCUGCUUGCAUCAAAAUUUGAAGAAAUCUACCCUCCUGAAGUAGCAGAGUUUGUCUACAUCACAGAUGACACCUAUACCAAGAAGCAGGUUCUAAGGAUGGAGCACUUAAUUUUGAAGGUUUUGUCGUUUGACUUGGCAGCUCCAACAAUCAACCAGUUCCUCACUCAGUAUUUCCUCCACCAGCAGACAAACGCUAAAGUGGAGAGCCUGUCGAUGUACCUUGGGGAGCUCAGUCUAAUUGAUGCAGAUCCGUACCUGAAAUACUUGCCAUCGGUCAUUGCUGCUGCCGCGUUUCACCUCGCGGGCUACACGGUCACCGGCCAAACCUGGCCUGAAUCCCUGUGCAAAGUAACAGGCUACACCCUUGAAGACAUCAAGCCUUGCCUCAUGGACCUACACAAGACCUACCUCAGAGCAGCACAGCACACGCAACAGUCCAUAAGGGAAAAGUACAAGAGUACAAAGUACCAUGGAGUAUCGCUUAUUGACCCACCAGAGACACUAAACUUGUUGUAAUAAUCAAGAGACUGAUCCUUUAAAAAGAUGUAUAUUACAAGAAAAUGAUGUACAGUUUUAAACAUGGUUCAAAAUUCUAGAUGUGAUCACUCAGAAUAUGAAUACAGGUUUUGAUGAGCUUAAUUAUGAAGUUAGUUUUUAUGUGGUUUUAAUGUAAAUCUUUUGUACAUGCGAUCCUGUUAAAAUAUUUAGCUGGGGUAUUAUAAAAACAUUCUCUUUGAGCACAGAAUUAACAGACCAAGUGAAGUCUCAGACUGCUUAUCUAAUUAUAGACUAAACAUUAACAUUAGCAGUGCAUUAUUAGAGUGGGGCUUUUCCUCCUUCC